AUGUAUUCAAGAUAUGUUCCUCCUUCUAAAAAGAAGGUAACCGUAGGGGAUCAACUAAGUCAAGCUCCUCUAUCUCCUCUCAAAUCAUCCUCUCCUCCUCCACCUCCAUCACCCGCACCUGCGAUUCGACCAGAUGCUUCCUCAUCUUAUGCUCGAUAUAUACCACCUUCUAAAUCUAACGUAAAACCUGAUGCGCAAUUGAAUGCCCCCAAGCUGGGCCUCGAAUCGCCUUCUCCUGCCUCGAAACGAAAACGUGAAGAUGCUUUAGAGCCCGGUCCGGAACCUGUAUUAAAGAAGGCCAAAAAAGACAAGAAGGAGAAAUCUGUGAAAGUGCACGCGUCAGCCACUCUCGACGAACCGCAUGCAGAUAAUGCUUCAUCAGAAGAAGCGCAAGAAGUGACAAAGAAGGACAAGAAGCAAAAGAAAAAGAAGUCGAGCGAUGACAGCACAUCAUCUGAAGAGACUACAGAAAACCCCGAGGAUAUAGAUGACAAAAGGCAUAAAAAGGUGUUGGAAAAGCGCGAGAAGUCGAUCAAAAAGGCAGAGAGGCGGGCGCGCAAAGCUGCCGAAGAGGGUCGAGAUGCUGAGGAUGCCCAGGAACCAGAAGAACCGGUGGAAAUUCAUAAUUUAGUUCCACUGCCACAACCAGAACCCAUCCCCGAACUUCCACCUCCAUCGCUCGAAUCUACUCUUCCAUCAUGGCUUGCUUCCCCUAUACUGGUGUCACCAACGACUACUGCGCAAUUUUCCGAAGUAGGGGUCGAGGCAGAAGCAGCCACUGUUCUUCGGUCCAAAGGCUUUAACGAAGCAUUCGCCGUCCAAGCUGCAGUACUUCCUCUCCUCCUCCAUGGCACCCGGCAAAAGCCUGGCGAUGUGUUAGUGUCAGCAGCUACUGGGUCCGGAAAGACCCUUUCAUACGUUCUGCCCAUGACCCAAGAUAUUAGCCGUAACAUUGUCACUCGUCUACGAGGAUUGAUUGUUAUGCCAACUAGAGAACUUGUGUCUCAGGCGCGUGAGGUGUGUGAAGUUUGUUCUAGUGCGUUCUCUGCCGGUAGCAGAAAACGUGUGAAGAUAGGCACGGCCGUAGGGAACGAAGCUUUCAAAGUCGAACAAGCAAACCUUAUGGAAAACACAUAUAAAUACGACCCAGCACGAUACCAUGAGCAAGAAAGGCGAAAGAAUUUGAGAUGGGAGAGCUCUGAUGCUGGAACAGAUGAUGAAGGCGAACCUUUAUUAGACGAUGAGGCCAUUUCCCCGUUGCCUGAUCACAUCAUCGAACCGGUAUCAAAAGUUGACAUUUUGAUCUGCACGCCGGGAAGAUUGGUCGAGCACUUGAAAUUUACCCCUGGAUUCACCUUAGAAUAUGUCAAAUGGCUUGUUAUAGACGAAGCAGAUAAACUACUUGAUCAAAGUUUCCAGCAAUGGUUGAAUGUUGUGAUGAGCUCGUUGGCGACAGGGCAGAACUCCUUUCCAAAUAACAGGGAUAGAGUGAGAAAAAUCGUUCUCAGUGCCACAAUGACCAGAGAUAUUGGUCAAUUGACCAGCCUGAAACUUUAUCGACCAAAGUUGGUAGUUUUAGCAGGCUCGUCUGCCGGUGAUGAUGGAAAGUCUUCACACGCACAUAUCCUACCGCCUGGACUUGUUGAAUUUGCUGUCAAGGUGGAUGAUGAGAAUUUGAAGCCAUUGUACUUGAUGGAAAUACUGAAAGGAAAUGAUAUGAUAGAUGAUAGCAAGAUUAAAUCGGACUCUGACACCGAUUCCGACACCGAUUCUGAUUCUGACUCUGAUGAUUCAUCUUCCGAUUCUAGUUCAGACAAAGACUCUUCAGAAGACAGUUCUUCCUCGGAUGACAGCUCAAUAUCAGGGUCUGAUUCUGAGUCAAAACCAGAUAAAGUAUCGCCAAAGUCGAAACCAAAAUUCAAGACAAAUCCACUGCCUAUCAGCCACGAACCUCAUGGUGUCCUUAUUUUUACCAAAUCUAAUGAAUCUGCUAUCCGUCUCGGACGUCUAAUUUCUUUAAUUCACCCUUCCUACACCGAAAUAAUCGGCACUCUUACCUCCACCACCCGUUCUUCCGAACGCAAAGCCUCCCUCGCCUCUUUCUCCCGUGGCAAACUCCAAAUUCUCGUCGCCUCCGAUCUCGUAUCUCGUGGUCUUGAUCUUCCUGAUCUUGCGCAUGUCAUCAAUUACGAUGUUCCCACGAGUAUCACAAAUUAUGUGCAUAGAGUAGGUAGAACGGCGAGAGCGGGGAGACAAGGUCAUGCCUGGACAUUAGUUGGGAAUAGUGAGGCGAGAUGGUUCUUUAAUGAGGUUGCGAAGAGUGAGGAAAUUAGGAGGAGAGAAAGCGCGAAGGUUAAGAGGAUAGUCGUUGAUGCAAGAAAAUUUGGAGAGUAUAAAAAGGAAACUUACGAGGAGGCUUUGGAGGAGUUGGGUCAGGAAGCUAUGGCUAUUAGGAGUAAGAAAUAA